AUGUCACAAAACAUUAAAACUUACAAGGACGCAUUUGCUCUUUUUGAUAAAAAGGGAACUGGGAAGAUUCCAGUUGAACACCUCGGAGACUUACUUAGAGCAGUUGGUCAAAACCCAACGUUGGCCGAAAUCUCAACUUUACAAAACUCUAUUCAAUCCAACGAGUUUGAUUUUGAUGUCUACCACAAGAUUAUCAACAGACCAGAUGGGUUCAAGCCAUUAGGUUUACCAGAAGAUUACAUUAAGGGAUUCCAAGUCUUUGACAAGGACAACACUGGAUACAUUGGAGUUGGUGAAUUAAGAUACAUCUUAACUUCCAUUGGUGAAAAGUUAUCUGACUCCGAAGUUGAUGAAUUAUUAAAGGGUGUUAAUGUCACCUCUGACGGUAAUGUUGACUAUGUUGAAUUUGUUAAGUCUAUCUUAGACCAGUAG